GGUACUCGGUGUCCUCGCUGCAGCUGCCGGGGGGGCAGCGCCUGUUGGUGGCCGGUGCCCCCCGGUUCCAGCACAAGGGCAAGGUGGUCCUGUUCCAGCUGGACCCCGCGGGCACCGUCACGGUGGCCCAGGCGCUGGUGGGGGACCAGAUCGGCUCCUACUUCGGCAGCGAGGUGCUGGCCCUGGACCUGGAGGGUGACGGUGACAGCGACCUGCUGCUGGUGGCAGCGCCCUCCUACCUGGGGGGGCAGGGCUGGGAGAGCGGGAGGGUCUACGUGUACCGGGUGGGGCAGGAGCGCCUGAGCCCCGCGGGGUCGCUGCUCCCCGAGCCCAGGCCCCAGGAUUGCCGGUUCGGCUCGGCCCUGGGCGCCGUGCCCAACCUGGGCCAGGACGGGCGGGCCGGGGCCGUGGUGGGCGCUCCGCUGGAGGACGGGCACCGAGGGGCGCUCUACGUGUUCCACUGGGCCCCGGGCACCCUCCUGCCCCGCCGCACCCAGCGCAUCGAGGCGGCGGCGCUGGGCUGGAGCCUGCGGUACUUCGGGAUCAGCGUGGACGGACGGACGGACAUGGACGGGGACGGACUGGUGGACGUGGCCGUGGGGGCGCAGGGGGCGGCCGUGGUGCUGCGGUCGCGCUGGAUCCUCCAGGUGGCCGCGGCGGUGUCGGUGGAGCCGGCGGCCGUCAGCGUCACCCGGCGGAACUGCCGGCGCGGCGGCUCCGGUGCCGUCUGCCUGCGCGCCCGCCUCUGCUUCCGCGCCCGGAGCCGCGCCCCGAGCGCCCCCCGGGGAAUGGCCGUGGCUCUCCGGUACAACGUGUCCCUGGAGGAGCGGAGCCCGGCAUCCCGAGCCGCCUUCGACUCCGGGGCCCGCCGGCUGCUGCAGCGCCGCACGGAGCUCCCGCUGGGCCGCCAGAGCUGCACCCGCGUCCCCUUCCACGUCCUGGACACCUCGGAUUACCUGCGGCCCCUCAGCCUCGGCCUCAGCUGGGCGCUGGAGGCGGCGGCCGGCUCCGUGCUGGAUGAGGCGGCUCCCACCUCCCUGCGCAAACUGAUCCCGUUCUUCAAGGACUGCGGUGACGACGACGAGUGCGUCACCGACCUGGUGCUCAAGGCCACCACGGACAUCGUGGGCUCCAGGCAGAGCCCCCACAUCGUGCGCAAGGGCCGGAGGAGGAUGCUGGUGGAGGUGGAGCUGGAGAACCGGGAGGAGAACGCCUACAACGCCAGCCUGUGGCUGCACCUGCCUGGGAACCUCCACUUCUCCAGCCUCGUGCUCCAG